AUGAAUACAUAUAUAUAUAUAUUGAACUUACGAAAGAUAAUUCAUUAUACUUUGUAUUUAUAUAUAUACUUACUUUUAGAUGCUGUUUACUGUACACCAUUUGAAUUUGAAGCAUCAGAAUUACAAAAUAUUAGAAGGGCAGGCGAUAUAUAUGGCCAUUUAUAUUCGAAAUUUUCAGUGUAUGAUAUUAUGGAAAUACUUUCAAAAAAUGAAUCUAAUUCAUUUUCAUUUUUAUUACACAAUAUAGAAUGUACAAAUAAUUAUUCUGACAAAUCUACUAUGGUUGAUGCAUAUUUCACAUGUUGCAAUAUUCAAUAUGGAGUAAGUUUGACUAAUAUGAUAAUUAGAGACACUGAAAUUCCACCAUUUGAUAAAAUGAAAAAUAAAGAGGGUCUAGUAAGAUGUAUUCCUACAUAUAAAUUAGCAAAUACAUCGGACUCUUGUUCCUUAUUAUCAUUUAUUGUUGAAUUUGAAGUAUCAGAUAGUCAACUAUAUUCUAAAGGAAGAUGUAAAGUGUAUCCAAAUUUAGUUUAUUCAAGGUAUUUUGAUAUAUUAUCAUGGCAUAGUUAUAAUGCAAUGAAGGUCUUACUAAAUUUAUGCACAAUAUUUGGGUUUUAUGAACAAUAUGCCACUACGCCCUCUCCUUUACCUGAAUUUAUAGAGUACAAUCAUUCAACUUCUUAUAUAUCUCUUGGUUUAAGGCCAUUAGCUCGCUAUAUUUAUAACUCAAAGUCAAAUAGAAAAACUGAUUUUUCUUAUAUUUACACGAAAUAUGUAAAUAGAAGUUAUUAUGCAAGUAUGAUUACCCAGUUAUUUAAAUUCAGGGAACAGGGUGAACUGUUAAAUGUAAAGGCUACUUUCCAGCCUUAUAACCCAGUAGUAUAUCAUGAGAAAAAAAGGAAAUUUUUAGAAGCUAGUAAUAAAUUAUAUUUUGAAGGUUUUACAAUGAAUCAAAUGGAACUUUUCGACAUUUCAAUGGAAGUUUUUGAUAAAUUAUCUAAUUUAACUGUCUUCUAUAAAGAUGAUUUUAGUCAAAUAGACUCAUUAUAUUGUCCAUCAAAUGAAAGAUAUAAAUUUUUGAGUUUAGAAUACAAAAAUUUAUCUUACAUUGUAGAUAAAGAUGGCAGGCAGGUCUGUAUAAAAGGAAAAAAUUUGGAGAAAAGUUUGGGAAGAUGUCUAAGUGAAAUCAGAAGAGGAAUUAAAGAAAAAAGUCUCCCUAAAUCAUUCAUAAAACUUUUAAAAAAUUUAUAUCAAGAUAUAAUUGGCUCUUCUAGCAGAAGAUAUUUAGAGAGCUAUAUUACUGAAUUAUUAUCUAAAUUUUCACUAAUUACAAAUGAAAUAAAAAGUAAUUGGCUACAAUAUGAUGUCAGUACUAAGCAUGAAAGAUUUAUAAGUCAAGACAAUACUCCUAAUAUAGAAGAAAUAAUAAAGAUGUUUGCAAUGUUGCAAGUAGAUCCCUUACCUUCUCAUUAUUUUUGGAAUCAAUAUUUUGGGUCUGUAAGUAACUGUUUGAUUCACAAAUAUUCUGAAUUUAUAGAAAUUAUGUCUACUUUGUUUGUUCGAAUAGUUGAUGGAAAUUUAGAGAGCGAGAAUUAUGGUAAUCCUGAUGAAAGUUUUAAGGAUUUUCGAAAGUGGUUUAAAACAUAUUUAAGUACUCAGAAACAAAAUAAUGUACAAACAAGAAACUCUAGUAUUAGUAUAAGUGAUACUAAAACUAAUAAGGAACACAGUAUAUCAAAAUAUGGGGAUUUAAGUAAUAUUGAAUUUACAGAUUAUUAUUCUAAAAAUCUAUUUCAAGAUAAGCUAAAGUUUAUGGAUAAAAUAUUUUCUAACAAUGAUUUGGGAUAUAAUAAAGAAAGAAAAAGUACAAAUGAUAUAUUAAAUGAUUCAUAUUUAAGGAAAUCUAUGCACUAUAUUCCUUAUACAGUAUUUUAUAAAGAUUUGAUAAACAUAAUCAACAAUUCUAAUAAUACCUUAUAUAGUCAAUCUUUUUUAUAUUCAGAAAAUAUAAUAGAUAAAGAUGUAUUAUAUAAAUCAAAGUGUCCUUCAUUUUAUAUCCCUGCGCUAGAUAUCUCUAUUUCUCCCAAAAAAAUUUCCUCAGAAGAAGUUAAUAAAAUUGAGUUGGCAUAUAAUAAAUUAUUUAAUUCAUACUCUGAAGAUUUACCGAACAUUUCAAGACAACUAACUCCUAGAAUAUUUGUGAAAGAUGUUCCUACGAAUAUUGCUCAUGGUCCCCAGAAUUUUUCGUUCGUAUGCUCCAAAUAUAAAUGGCCUAUAUCUCAAAUGAGCUAUUGGUUUGGUAGUGAAUUGUGUGAAAUAAUGUACAAUCCUAACUCUUUGGAAAUUAAAUUCAAAGUUUUUGACCCUAAAAAUAUUAUAUUAACAGAAUAUAGUGAGUUUGAUUAUGACAGUGAUGACUAUGACUCUGUUUUGUUAGGAAAUAUGAUAGAUUCAAGCUCUGAUUCAUCGAAAUUAACUGUUAUAGUUCCAAAUACUCGUAUAAUAGGCAUAGAAUUUGUUAAAGAUGGCUAUAAUUCACCUUUUUGUGUAAUUUCAUAUCUAGGAGAGGAAUAUCGUAAAAUUCAUUUACCACUUUCAGGCAAAACAGCUGUUAAAAUUGCUAUUGGUAUAUGUAAAAUGUUUGGGUUUGAUAAAAUAUGGUUAUCUGACGGGGCUAUUGACAUUAACACAAACAAUUAUUUAUUGCAUUCAAUGUUAACCGAAAAAGGUAUCACUUAUUACCAAUCAAUUGGUUUCAACCCUUCUAUACAAAGGGCUAUAAAACCAGAACGAAAUUUACUACCUACAUUGUUAAUGACUACAGAAAAUGGCAAAAAUUCUCAUUCUUAUGUAAUUGGUAUAUCAUCUAUUACUAAUAAUAUUCUUCUUAAAAGUUAUUUGAAGCUAGUAAAGAAUAGUAUAAUUAAACUGGAAUCAACAAUUAGAGAUUUAGUUUUAGAUUGUGAAAGUUAUUUUUACAAGAAUUGUGAUGAAAUAUAUCCAGCUAUGAAGGUUAUCAAUAAACCUCUAAAAUAUAAGUCCAAUGCUAAGCAAAAGAAUUUUAAGAGAUGUGCUUUUGAAUAUGAUCCAAUUUAUAAAGAGAUUAUUAAAAUAUUCCCAAAUUCAUGUAAGAAAGGUAGUAGAAUAGGAUCUUGUCAUGCUGCUAUUAGAAAAGAAUUGUUAUGUAAUAAGGAAUUUAAGAGAAACCCUACACUUUAUGAAGAACAAUUAAAUAUUUCUAUUGAAGAUUUAUAUAUAGAUGAAGUUACACCUGGAUGUAUAUAUCAGAAUUAUAUUACUAGCUUAUUUAUACCACCCAAUGCAAAAGAUUAUAUAGAUGAUUUUUUAAGAAAUUCAAUUUUUUAUUCAGGUCAAAAAAUAAUGGAGUCAGGUAUCACUUCUAUCCUGUAUGAUCUCAUAGAACAACUUCAGAGUAUAAAUUUUAGUAAUAAUAAAUCUUCGAGAAAGUAUGUAGAAAAUAGAGUUAUUAAAAACUAUUUCAAUAAAAGUGAUAAGAGACAGCUAAUAAACAUAAUGAAAACUUCACUAAUUGGUAUUGAUUUAACUGCAUUUGAAACAUUUUGGGACGAAUUGACGGGGCAUUAUGGUUUGCAAAAUCAUCAAAAUAGUAAAUACAAUAGAGAAUCAGAACCUAUAUGUCUUGUUGCAUCUAUGUAUUUUGCAGCCCAAUCUUUAAUUUAUAAUUGGGUUUAUUAUGCUCCAUAA